AAUGCUACAAAUAUUGGCCUAAUAUGGACGACCCGAUCACCACGGCGACAUUUGUCAUCAACCUGAACUCUGAAAAACAGUACGCUUUCUACGUCAUAAGGGUGAUUACGCUGAAACAUAGACACGAACGCAAAGAGCGACAAAUAUACCAGUUUCACUACACAAAAUGGCCUGACCACGACAUACCAGAUGUGUUUGAACUUGUCUUGUUUCACCGACAUUUGCAGCGUUUACGGACCAAAGUGGAUGGACCGCUGGUUGUCCAUUGCAGUGCAGGAAUAGGAAGAACAGGAACCUUGAUUGCACUGGACGCCUUGUUGGAAGCAGGGAAGACGGCAGACGUGAUAGACAUACAUGGAUAUGUAAAAAUCAUGAGGAAUAAUCGAAUGAACAUGGUCCAAACUGUGGUAUGCCUUAUAUAAGGGUCAGUGUGUUUGCUAAAUAAAUAUUACAUUGAGCUUAAAAAUGGUAUUGUUAGCCUUGAUUUCAA